AUGCCAUCUCCAGCUACGGCAACUUACGGACUUCAUAAAGCAUCAGCUGUCGGUGAUUGUGAUGUUCGUAAAUUUGUUUACAAUAAUUUUUAUGUUGAUGAUGGACUUACCUCCCUUCCCACUGAAGCUGAAGCAGUGACCCUUAUGAAGAAAACACAAGCAACACUGAAAGAAAACGCAAAUAUUCGUCUUCAUAAAAUCAUCUCAAACAGUGUAAAUGUGAUGAAAUCAUUCCCUGCAGAUGACCUAGGAAGUGACCUUAAAGAACUGAAUCAUAGUAAAGACAUGUGCAACUUACCUGCUCAACAUAGUUUAGGAAUGUUGUGGGACUUGAACAGUGAUAUGUUUGUGUUCAAAAUCUCUAACGUAGAGAAACCUUGUACCCGAAGAGGUCUUUUAUCUACACUGAACAGUGUGUUUGAUCCAGUUGGAUUUAUUUCUCCAGCAACCAUCAGUGGAAAAAUUCUGCAUCGUGAACUUGUACCUCCUGGAUGUGACUGGGAUGAACCACUCUCAGAGGAACACGUGAAAAAAUGGCAUAACUGGCUGAUUCUUUACACUCUAUUAACGACUAUAGAGUUCCUAGAAUGA